AUGCCCAGAUCUCAGCAUACAGGUGACUUGAUUUACAACCUAGAAAUCGAAAAAGAAGCAAGGCGUUUGGCUAAGGAAAAACGAGUUGAACGUGGUCAAACUUCUAACCCCCACGGGGACCCGGAGGUUGAAACCGCUUCAUUAAGUGAUAUAAAACCCGAUUCUAGUCCUGACCCUCGCCAAGAAAUUCCCAAAACACCACCCCUACAACAAAAUCCACCCAUUAUUGAACCAAUUGCAAUGGCGGACGGAGGAGAAGUUCCCGAGAGAACCUUGAGUGGCCAACAAGCUGGAGAAAGUAGUUCAAAGAAGAAGCCGAGGGAAGAAGAGGAAGAGAUAGAAGUUAUUCCCGUUGAAGUACCUAUAAUCAAGAAUGAUGCACAAGCUGGAGUUCCAAAGAAGACUGCCCCUCUAGUAACACCAAUAGCCACUCAACCACCGUUCCCCUCCCGACUUGCAACUUCAAAGAAGAAUAUGGAGGAGAAAGAGAUUUUGGACACCUUCCGAAAGGUGGAAGUAAACAUCCCUCUACUUGACGCAAUCAACCAAAUCCCGAGAUAUGCAAAGAAACUUCCACCCAAAUGCAAAGAUCCCGGAAUCUUCACGGUUCCUUGCAAGAUUGGAGAUGUCACUUUUAGUAGUGCUAUGCUUGAUCUUGGUGCUUCUAUCAAUGUCAUGCCCUAUUCGGUGUAUGAAUCAUUAAAUGCGGGACCCUUAAGUGAAACCGAUGUCAUAAUCUCUCUUGCGGAUAAAUCAAGUGUCUUUCCUAGAGGUGUUUUAGAAGAUGUCCUAGUGCAAGUGAACCAAUUAGUCUUCCCGGCGGAUUUCAAUGUGAUUGAUCUAGAUUAG